AUGGAAGCAGAAACUAGAGCGAGCGGCAGUAAUGGUAGUGAUGCCAAGUCACCUCUGCUGUGGAAGCGCGGUGGCAGUGGGCGCAGCCGCCGUGGUCUCAGUCGCCGGAAUUCCGUAAACUCACUACGCAGCGAUUUCGUUUCCAGGCUUCCAGAUAAGGUCCGGGCAGCAGCUGACCCCGAGACCCCUUCAGCUGUUCAUCUUUCGACAAUUCAGGGUUUAAGUGGAGGAGAAAAGGAUUAUUACGAAAGACAAUUUGCUACCUUAAGGUCAUUCGAGGAAGUCGAUUGCGUGGUGUCGUCCGAUGGCUUGGACGAGGAGGAUUUGGAAGAGCAAUCACAACACGAGAGAGCUAUGAGGAUAUCCAAUUAUGCAAAUAUUUUGCUGCUGGCAUUUAAAAUAUAUGCCACGGUCAAGAGUGGAUCACUAGCCAUUGCUGCAUCGACCCUUGAUUCAUUGCUUGAUCUAAUGGCUGGGGGCAUACUUUGGUUUACCCACCUCUCGAUGAAAAAUGUUAACAUCUACAAAUAUCCAAUCGGAAAGUUGAGGGUGCAGCCAGUUGGAAUUAUUGUCUUUGCUGCUAUAAUGGCCACUCUUGGGUUCCAGGUUCUGGUCCAGGCUGUAGAGAAAUUAAUCGAAGAUAAACAAACUGAAAAAAUGACUUCUAAUCAAAUGGAAUGGUUAUUCUCAAUUAUGCUUUCUGCUACAGUGGCAAAACUUGGUUUGUGGAUUUACUGCAAGAGUUCGGGAAACAAAAUUGUCCGUGCCUAUGCCAAGGACCAUUAUUUUGAUGUGAUAACAAAUGUCGUAGGAUUGGUGGCAGCCAUCCUUGGUGAUAAGUUCUUCUGGUGGAUUGAUCCAGCUGGUGCCAUCAUCCUAGCAAUUUAUACGAUUUUGAAUUGGUCUAAAACAGUUCUAGAAAAUGCAGAGUCAUUGGUGGGACAAUCGGCUCCUCCCGAAGUACUGCAAAAAUUGACGUAUCUUGUAAUAAGGCACCCUCGGGUCAAGCGUAUUGACACGGUCCGCGCUUACACAUUCGGCGUCUUGUAUUUUGUUGAGGUUGAUAUUGAGCUCCCAGAAGAUUUGCCCCUCAAAGAAGCUCACACCAUUGGAGAGUCUCUGCAGAUUAAGCUUGAGAAACUUAGAGAAGUUGAGAGAGCAUUUGUUCAUCUCGACUAUGAAUGUGAACACAAACCAGAGCAUUCUGUUUUAAGUCGGCUGCCAAACAGUGAGCCUUGA